CCACGAUCGACAUUACCUAACCUAGCUUUUUAAGAAAAUUUUGACAUGUCGGCUUCUUCGUUUAUGAAUGUUUUGACAGCGAAAUAAAUUUAUUUAUCGAUUUUAUAAUAAUUCUUAAAGUUGAUGGCAGAGGCCGAACUAACCCCACCGCCUCCACCUAACAUCAGCGGAACCCUCAAGAUAUCGGAGGGCGAUUGGACUUGCGAGGACUGCGGAAAUGUAAACUUCGCCCGCCGUAACGCGUGCAACAGAUGCAGUAAAGAACGAGUGCCGCCCGCCGUUUCGAAGAGGAAAAAAUUGGGCCAGGAAAUUGGAAAGGCGGCGGCCGAAAAGAGUCGCGGACUAUUCAGCGCGGACGACUGGCAGUGUAAUAAGUGCGGAAAUGUAAAUUGGGCGCGUCGUCAGCAGUGCAACGUGUGUAACGCGCCGAAAUUUGGCGAGGUCGAGGAGCGAACGGGAUUGGGAGGAGGAUAUAACGACCGUGGUGUUGUAGAGUAUAAGGAACGAAAUGACUCGGACGACGAGUACGACGAAUUCGGUAGGCGGAAGAAGAGAAAAAGUAAAAGUGAACGUUCAAGUAGCGACGAGGCCGAAAGGGAGGUGGAAACGAAAAAGAAAAAGGUAGUCGAAGCGGCGGAGGACGAAGAUGAAGAAGAGGACGACGGUGAUUUGUCCAAGUACGAUUUAAGCGAUUGGGGCGUGGAACCCGACGUAAAGUCGACUAGAAGAAAGUCCAGAUCACGUUCUCGUUCACCCAUUACCAAGUAAUUCUAAAAAGUGCCUCCGUUAGGCAAAUUUUUCACGACAAACUUAGAAAUUAAGUAUUUUACUGUGUUUAUGAUAUUUCAUUUCAUUCGAUUUCGAUUUACAUGUUUAUCAAAUUGUAGCUAGUGUUUAUAUAUCAAUUUUAUUGCAAAGUGUUAAGAGGCUGUAGGCUGAUUUUAAGGUUCUUGCUUUCUUACGUAAACAAAAAGUCAUUAAUUUUAAUGUAGUAAGUAAAUUCGCGUUAUUUUUUUUUAUAUGAAUAUUUUAAUUUUCGAUUCUCGGCCUCCUUUGGAUUGUUCGUCCAAUACUAUGUAUACUACAUAAUAUAAUGUUGAUUGUAGCUAGUCAAAGGACUUGAUUUACAGGCAAAAGAUUUAAAAAUGGUGCAAUCUUCGCUUGCACGUUUUAAUUUUUUAUAAAUAUUAUUUGAUUGUGCCAGAGGAUUGGUCAAUUCUUUUGACUUUGAUUAAUGAAUGAACAAAACUUUAGGAGUAGUAAGCUUUUUAAAUUAAAAUUUAUUUUAACUGCCGUAUGAACCAAGUAUACAAAAAUGUUUAAUUUGAA